AUGGAUCCACAGUACGAUGCUCAUGUGAGUGAAAACGGGGAGUUGGGUGGUUUAAGUGAAGUUCGUAAUGGCAGCAUUUCUGGCAGGAUAGAAGAUUUCAAUUGUCUUGCUGGAGGGAAUAACAUUUCUGAUGUCCUCCAAUUAAAGACUGGUUACCAUGGAGAUGUCCAUGCUUCUAAGAUUGCCGAGCUAAUGAAUUCGAGCAAGUUAGAGAAUGCCUCUAUGCACUCACUUUUUGGUGUUGUCAAUAAAAUUCUGAAUGAAAGCACUGAGAGAAAUGGGGGCAUAACUCAGCAUGUCGCAUCUGUGCUGAAAUUAGUCGUGCAAGAAAUCGAGCAUCGAGUUUCAAAACAUGCAGACAAUAUGAGGAAGCAAAGCAGUCUGUACAAGGCUCGUGAAGACAGGUACCAUACAAUGAUAAGAGCUUUAGAAUCUCUUGCAAGCGGAACCAGUGAAGAAAAUAAGGUUAUCAUGAACCAGCUUCAAAAGAUGAAGGCUGAGAAGACUAAAAAUGAGGAGGAGAAGAAGCUUGAACAGCAGAAUCUAAUUAAAUUGAAGAAAGAAAAGGACUGCUGCGUGAGUCAAAUUCUGUCGCUUACCGAAGAGCUUGCAUUAGCCAAAAAGUCGUAUGCGGAGAAUCGUUUUCAAUUGGAAGCUAAGGCUGAGGACACAAAAGAAAAGCUACAAAAUAAGAUAUUGGAACUUGAAUGCCUUUUGGCUGAUUCAAGUAAGAAGGUUGACGAGCUCGAGGAAUUUUCAAACUCAAAAUUUUUGCGAUGGAAAAUAAAAGAACAGGGUUACAGGCACUUCAUUGAUUCUCAAUCUGGAUCCAUGCAGGAACUAAGAUCAGCUUCUGAGUCCAUAAAGGAAGAGGUUUCAAAGAUCAAGGAUUCCUAUGCUGAAGAGUUUUAUCAUUUUGGUUUAAAUCUCAAAGGCUUGAUCGAUGCUGCACAAAGUUAUCAUAGUGUUCUUGAAGAAAAUCGGAAAUUAUAUAAUGAGGUCCAAGAUUUGAAAGGAAACAUAAGAGUUUAUUGUCGCAUUAGGCCAUUUCUCGCGGGACAAAAUAGAAAACAAACAACCAUACAAUGUAUUGGUGACAAUGGAGAAUUGGUUGUCAUCAACCCCUCAAAACCAGGAAAAGAUGGUCACCGUUUUUUCAAAUUCAACAAGGUCUUUAGUCCUGCAGCUACCCAAGAGGAUGUCUUCCGAGACACUCAGCCAUUGAUCAGGUCCAUCCUUGAUGGGUAUAAUGUCUGCAUAUUUGCUUAUGGUCAAACUGGUUCAGGGAAAACUUACACAAUGACUGGACCGAAUGUGUCGUCUGUAGUGGACUGGGGAGUCAAUUACAGAGCUUUGAAUGAUCUCUUCAACAUCUCCCAGACAAGACGUAGCUCCAUUGAGUACGAAAUUUGUGUCCAAAUGGUUGAAAUAUAUAACGAACAAGUAGAACUUGUCAUUGUUUUCUUUGACUUUCGCACACUUGGGAUCUGGAGUACCUCCCAACCAAAUGGUUUGGCUGUGCCUGAUGCUAGCUUGCAUCCUGUAAAAUCAACCUCCGAUGUGUUAGAGCUGAUGAAUGUUGGCUUAACGAAUCGGGCUGUUGGUGCCACUGCUCUAAAUGAAAGAAGUAGCCGGUCCCACAGUAUCCUUACUGUUCACGUCCGAGGAUUGGAUUUAGAAACAAAUGCUGUUUUACGUGGCUGUCUUCAUUUAGUUGAUCUGGCUGGUAGUGAAAGAGUCGACCGGUCUGAAGCAACAGGCGAUAGAUUGCGUGAAGCACAACAUAUAAACAAAUCCCUAUCGGCUUUGGGGGAUGUUAUUUUUGCUCUGGCUCAGAAAAGUACUCAUGUGCCGUACAGGAAUAGUAAAUUAACUCAAGUACUUCAGAGCUCUUUAGGUGGCCAAGCAAAAACUCUAAUGUUUGUACAGCUCAAUCCUGAUGUAGAGUCCUUCUCAGAGACUAUAAGUACCUUAAAGUUUGCUGAGAGAGUUUCUGGUGUUGAAUUGGGUGCAGCACGAAGUAACAAAGAAAGUAGGGGUGUCAGAGAACUUAUGGAACAGGUAGCUUCCCUAAAAGACACCGUUGCAAAGAAGGAUGAAGAGAUCGAGCAGUUCCGGUCACACACAACAAACGGAAGCACCGAACGACUCGUUGAUCUGACCUCGGCAGGGUUCAGAUCAUCUGCAUCUCCAAGAAGGCAUUCCAUAGGCGGGGUCUGCCCAACCCAGACCCAGAGGCCCUCGGCUGGGAAAGUCGCUUCUGAUAGAGCUGCCUCCGAUCCGGACAACAGCUCUGAGUACAGUGACAAGCACUCUGAAGUUGGGUCCUAUCAGUCGAUGGAUGAGUUAAAGCACCACAAAGACUUCUUCCGGCAGUCCAGGCUUGCUGCUGUUGGUGGUGAGAAUUUUCUGGAAGACAAUGGUUUGAUGUUUGAAGUUGCUGGUCAAAAUGGUCUGAAUGAGGAUGUUGAGCUUUUGGGGUUGGGAGAUGGUGAUUUGGAUGACAGGCUCAGUGAUAUUUCAGAUGGAGUUCUUUCUAUGAGGACCGUGACAGACUGUUCUAUUAACAGUAUUGUCGAGUACACGCUUUUCCCUGAGACAGCCAAGCCACCUCCAGAGAUACUCGAAAAGCCUAAUGUGCCAGCUAAAAUUCCAAGACCACCAAAGCAGGGUCCAGCGCUAACUUCCCGGUCAUCCCUGAGCAAAAGCACCUCUAAAAUUCCAAGCUCGAAAAAGGCCACAGCCAGCAGCAGUUCAUCUGCACUUAAACCUUCCAAAAGGUGGCAGUGA